AUGAAGGUAGGAGAAUCUAGGACUGCACCGGUGUGGCUUCUUUGUGUGCCGAGAAAGGAAGGCACAGACAAAGAGAGGAUAGCAAUCCUGUCGGCUGGGAAGGUGACCCAUUUCUGUCUCUCUGGCCUUGGAUUUUCGUCGCCUCUGUUUUUCUCGUCGCUUCUGCUUCCCUCGAUGUCUCUCUUGUCUUCCUUGCUGCUUCAAUUUAGACUUUCCUUGGCGUUGUCGCUGCUGCGCUGGAGGUUGUGAAGAUUUAUGUGCAGGCUUCGGCUUCGUACCAUCCUUUUUCGCCCGUGCAGCAUCAGAAAUCUUCAGAGUUUUAGGUCUGUUGGGCUGGCCAGAUUGUGGAUUCGCUACUCCACUCAUUUCGACAGCAACUUCGGUUCCCUGGUCUUGAGGUUGUGGCACUUGUCCAUAGGUGGAUCUAACCGUAACAUCUUCAUCCAAAGACGACAUUGUCUUGUCCACAAACGGAUGCGUAAAUAUGGCAGUCUUCAGGUCGUCACUCUCGUCGGGUAAGGCAAAUGGUGCCGGCGUGACACUCAAGUUUGGCCCCCAUUCCAGCACUACUGGCCCUUUACUAACAGAACCUAUUGCAUCUCGUAACAUUUGUCCUACUCUUUGAUAAUCAAAUUCAUCAGGACUGCCUUGUCUUUGUACAAGUUCAAAGAUUGCUUUCACAUAAGAUAGAUCAGGAAUUUGGUGUUUCCCUUCCCAGAAACUCUCUUUCGCCUGUUCAACAGCCUUUUCAUCGUACAUUUUUGACCAAGGUAAUGCAUGUAGAACAAGUCUGAAAAUCGCAAUAAGAGUGAAACAACAAAACGAUCCAUUGAGAGGAUGUUCUCACAGAUCGAUUAAAACGUAGAACCACGAUUCGAUAUCCCCUUUCGGACGUGCAGCUUCACGCUUAUGAGCGUCUAGACUCCAAUAUGGCAAGGUGUAGCCAUCGGGUGUACCGUACCGAUAUAGCUGCUAAAGCUUCAUGAGCUACAUAUAAAGCUGUGGCUGUUUUGAACGUAACUACUUGUUCACGAACUUUUUCGAUAUUGCGAUCCAGGAGAUUCAUCACUAUAAAAGGUAAGUCUGCUACUCGUCCACUGUCGAGAGCAAUGGGGCUGUACGGGCAUCUGUUUCUCCUGAGCUCUUGCAGAAUUCGGAGUUCACGCUUCAUCCUUACGGUAAUGUUCACGCUGUAUGGCCGAAUACCUGUUUUCAUAGCGAAGAGAGCGUUCUUUUCACUUGGCUCAUUAUCGACGCAAACUUGUCGUGAUAUCAAAUAAAGGGCAGUGUAGCGUCCUUCGUUGUACUUCAGUUGGACUUCAUAGCGGUUAA